GGCUAUAGCUGCUUGUAUGCCCGUAGGCAUCGAAGUGUUCUUACAUAUAUAUAUCCCCAACCUGGCCGGUGCGUGCCGGUGGAUUAUGUAAAGUGGCACACGGCCGAUCCCGAUCUCGGAAUAUCGCCGAGCGCGAAAAAAACAAAGGAAACGGAAUAAAUAAAGUGAAUAUAAGAUAGGGGAUCGGGGAAUACAGAGAGUGUCGUCGAAGAUCCGUAGAAAUUUGUCGCACGCGCGCGAUUUCAGUAAGUGCAUCUAAUUUAUUUUGCAUCUAUUGCAAUUGAGAGGCGUUCGCCAGAUACGAGUGCAUCCGCCAGAUACGUUUUCGUAAUUGUCGUCAGUGGUUCGAGUUGCUCCGUUUCGAUCUCGCGCGAGUGUCUGCCGGAUAGUAUUACCCGACCAGGCCCAAAAUAAAUUAUACCCACAAUUUUUGAAGGGGCCAGAACGUCCGAGUUGUGACCGAAAUUUUGAUAGGUACGGGCAGAAGAUCUACGAUCCCGAGGACCGCUUGCCAAGAGCAACGUAAUGUCGUCCUACCGCAGUUAUACACCCUGGAAAACGAGCUUGGGAAGCUCCUAUAAGCCUGCCAGUUCUUCGUAUGGCACCUCCGGAGACUCCACAUCGCGCUACACUUCACUGGCCACGCCCAGUUCCUACAGACCCUCGUUUUCUGGAGGAACGUACCGCCUCAAAAGGGAUCCACCACCUCCAACCACCUCAACUGCCCCCACCAGCUAUGUUAGUCGCUAUGCAAAAGCCGAACCCAAAGAAGCAGCUCCAAGUGAGCGAAGUAGUCCCGUGAAGAGGUAUACGGGUGCGACUACCAGUUCCCUCGGAAAAUAUGGACGAUCUCGAGAUCCCAGUCCGGUGGCCUUGGAACACACGAACCGCAAUAAAUCGAGGGAUCCCAGUCCAGUGAUCGACAGCUCGAGGAGUAAAUUGGGAUCCACAUAUCGCGGUGGUAACACCUCCAGUUCAUCCUCCUCGGCCACCAGAAAUGCUUACAGCAGUCGCUAUGGAACGGGUUCUCGCAUCGGAGGAAAUGGCAGUGCCUUGUCCUACUUGACCACCAGUGACUUCCAUGCCAGAACUGCCAGCAGGGCCAAGGACAGCAGGGAAAGGGAGCGGGAAAAGGAGAAGGAGCUGCAGAUCGAGGAAAAGCAGCCAAAGGAGGUAGCCGUAUCCAAUGGAAAGGAAAAGUCACCGGAGAAGCAGGCGGAAAAACCACCAGCCAACGAAGCAGACACCGAAACCAAUGAGACCUUCAUCACCAUUUCCGUGGUGACCAGAGCCACUUCACCCACUCUGCCGGGCAGCACCACCGUUCAGCGCACCCGUCGCAUCGAUCCGGCCAAAACCAUCGAGAAGACCAUCCAAAGAUCCACAAAGAGACGUGAGACGGCGGAUCAGGAGAUACAGUCCGAUCGAAUGGAUGAUUCCAGCCGAUAUCUUCGCUAUAGUGCUGGUAGUAGUAUAAGUUCUACCUACAGUCCGCAUAGGGAUAGGAUAAGCAGUUUGCGCUACAGUGCCAGUCCUUUGAACAGUUCGGGAUCAGGAAAGUCAGGCUCAGUUAGUGAAGGAAGACGGGAGCAGUCAAUCCCAGAGGUUGUAUCCCCGGCCAAGAGCAAUGGCUCCGUGAGCUCAGCCAAGUCCUCAGAAGCCUUAUCACCACCUAGAACCAAUGGUUCCGUUUCAGGAAAAUCCCCCGAGGCUCUUUCUCCAGCUAGAAGUAAUGGUUCCCUCUCAAAGUCCCCCGAAGCUGUAUCGCCACCUCGGACAAAUGGCUCCUUGAGCUCCUCAAAGUCCACCAAGUCCAAACUUUCACCGCCGAAGGCCAUACGCCUGAACUCCCGCCAAUCGUCGGUGGAGAACCUGGUAAACAAACCACCUGCACCACCCAGCAAGGCAGAGUCACCCACCAAGACCUGCAGCUCUAGUUCGGGCAGUUCAGCGGUUAAAUGGCCCAACAAGGACUUCCGCAAGUCCUCACUGAAUGUGGGACCUACAGACAGACCCCGCAAAUCGCGAACUCCCAGUAGUGGCGGCGAAUCCGAGGAUCUGCCCAAUGGCAGUAGCCUCGAGCGAUCGGCGAGUGCGGGUUCCGAGGGAAGUCUGGCCUCAGGUUCCUCGAAGAAAUCGAGCAAGCUGAGCAAUGGCAAGGUGCCAGGCAGUCCGAAGACGAAAAGCCACAAAUCCUGUAGCGAAACCACCACUGGCAACUCAUCCACCGCCUCCGCUUCGGACAGCGAGCAGCGGGUCAAGACUGUGAAAAAGCAGGCUAAAAAGAAGCAGACCAUUAAAGAGGGUGGCAAGGUAGCCGCCCACAAGAUAAAUAGCAAUAUCACCGCUGAAUCACCACCCGCCGAUGUGGUUGAAGUGGUGCCAGCGACACAGACAAGACUGAAGAAACUCUCGGCCGUAUCGAAUUUUUUCGCCAGCCGUCAGCAAGACGCAAAUAACGAGCCGAUCUUCCUCGAAAGCUCCGAGAGCUCGGGCGAACCGGAGGCUCUUUCGCUACCAGUGAUCUCGGGAAUAUCGGGCCUCUCGAAGAUUUCGAAAAUCUCGGGCAACAGUCUGACCACAGAUUUGCGAACGAACGAACCGCGAACGCGAACGACGACGCCAUCGAGCGAAGCGAAACCCUUACCUCAAACGAAUUCCCUGAGUUCAAGCACACGCUGCCCGCGAGAAAGCACGACGGGAACGGAAACGGGAACAGGAACUAGGUUACCCACCAGCACCACCCAGGACACGAGUCUCACCACCACCACCACCACCGCCAGCUUGACCACCUCCGAGCAGGAGGAUCCCAGUUGGUGGCAGGACACCAGUCUGCAGAUAAACACGGCCUCUGCUUUGGAUCAGAAUAAUCGCGGAGAGAUGCCUCCCUACAGGUUAAGGCACAUUGAUUCCGGGGAGGAGCAGGCCUGGUGGCUGCGCCAGGAUGAGAAUGGCGAUGACGAUGACACGCUGGCGGAGGAGACACUCAAUACGCUGGAUGACGAUGCUCAGGAGGCGAGCAAGGGCACCUGGUGGAGCCAGGAGGAUCAGGAGGAGGAGUCCAGCAGCAGUCAGGUGAAGCUGAUGCCCAGGAGCAGGAUAACGCCGGAGAAGGAUGCCUGGUGGCUGCAGGAGGAGGAGGAGGAGCAGCAGGUUGUGCAAUCCCCCAGGGAAAAUGGAAACCCCAAGGAGCCCCAUGUGGAGGUAACACUAAGAUUACCCUCAAAUGGCAGCCAACGGAGCUCCAAGGGAAGUGCCUCAAAGAGUGGUGGCUCUAGUUCCAAGAGUAAUGGCUCCAAUCCCUGGUGGCUAUCCGGACCCGCCCGCAAAAUGUUCAAUGUGCAGCGCGUGGAGUCGGGAGAGAGAGCCUGGUGGCAGGAGGAACCAGAGGUGGAAGCCGAACCGGAGGAGCCACCGCAAGAGGAAAAGGAGAACGAACCACCGCCGGUGAAGCCACCCACUCCACCACCGCGAAUCAUCAAGCACUGGGAGUCCGGGGAGCGGGCCUGGUGGCUGCAGGAUGAGGAAACGGAGAGUGCCCAACUUCCAGGCGAUAUUGAGGAGCCACCAGUGGUGGUCUCGAGGGAUGAGGUGGAUCUGCGACUGGCACCACCAUCACCUACAUUGGCCACCCAAGAUCUAAACAGCUCCUUCAACUUUAAUGCCUACUCGGAGCGACCGCCGCCACUGGGUCAAUGUGCCAGUCCCGUGCGCUGCCCCUCGCCCUACGACAACAUUCCAAGGUCGCAAGUGCAGGAGCCACCCCCUCAACAACAGCCACCACCCACUUUGACCACCCUGCAGCCGCGCUUCUCACCGCAACAACGGCGAGCCGGCGAAAAGCUCUUCAUCUCGCGGCAUCAGAACAUCGACGAGCUACUCGGCGGUGCCUGUCGCCCCCUGAGUCCACUUUUCUACGGGAACCCCAAUCCUGCCGAGGCUGAGAUGACUCCUCUGUCCAGCAAGAACAUGUUCCUGCUAGAGGAGGUGACUCCCGACCAGGUGCGAAUCCACGACAGCACCGCCCAGCUGCCGGUCAUCCAACGAAUGCAACGCGAUGUCGAGUGGUUGGAGAACGGGAGCAGCUUUUACGAGCCACCCAAACAACAGCAGCAACAACAACAACCACGCAGGAUCGAUGAUGCGGCCAUCCAGGUGUACAAGGAUGGCGACUACGGAGCCUACCUGGAUCUGGAGUCAUCGCUGGCCGAGCAGACCGAGGAAAUCGAGGGACUCAACGUCAGCCGCAAGAACUCACUGGUGGUGCGAACGCAGUUGAAUGUGCGCGUGCACGCAAUUAUUGAGAAACUCCUGUCCGCCGAGGGCAGUGACCUGCGGCGGGCUCUCUUCUCGCUGAAGCAGGUGUUCCAGGAGGAUAAGGAUCUGGUGCACGCCUUCGUGGCCCUCGGCGGCCUCAAUUGCCUGGUGCGCGUGGGCAAUUGUGCGGAUCAAAACUAUCAGAAUUACAUUCUGCGGGCCCUCGGUCAGGUCAUGCUCUAUGUGGACGGAAUGAACGGCGUGAUGAAGCAUGAGCCGACGAUGCAGUGGCUCUACUCGCUGAUUGCCUCCAAUUACCGAUCCGUGGUGAAGACCGCCCUCAAGUUGUUGCUGGUCUUCGUGGAGUACGCCGAAUCCAACUGCUAUGUGCUGGUCAGUGCGAUUCACGCGGUGGACGCCUCCCAGGGAACCCUGCCCUGGUCGAAUAUAAUGAGACUGCUUAAGGACUAUGAUAAUGCCGAUGCCGAGCUGGUCAUCUAUGCCACUUCGCUGAUCAACAAAACCCUGGCGGGUCUCAAUGAUCAGGACAGUUUCUACGAUGAGAGCGAUCUGCUGGAGCAGCAGGGCAUGGAGACAGUGAUCCAGCGAUAUAUGUCCAAGCCGGGCACCGAUUUGGAUCUGCUCGAUCAGCUGCAACUGUACGAGGCUGUGCUGAAAUUUGAGGAUGGUGAGUCGGAUGGUCAGCGCUUACCGCAAAAUUCAAUGCGCAAAACGCAGCGUUAUCGACCGGGGACAAACACCGCCGAACGAAGGAAGUCACGUCGUCAUAGCACUGAUAAUAGCCCCGCCCCCCUCUCAAAGGUCCUGCCCACCACUGUCCUCCGGAUGACGCCCACCCAGGCCACCGUGGAUGAGGAUAGCUCUGGGUCUACCAACUCUACGGAGUUUAGUGGCGGUCUCUUCAAUGAAAAGAAACCUCGCGAUGGAGCAGGCGUGACUCCAGGACUUCGAAGGAGACGAGAGCGGGCAGAGCGGCACAAGAGCUUCCUGAAGGAGCAACAGGAGGCGGCGGCCAACGGGAUCUUUGCCGCCUUGGAGCAGCGCGAGGGCCUGGGCCAAAUUGUAACCGCCAUACCCGCCACCAUCCAAGCCGGCGACAGUCCGCCUCAGUCGUUGCAACCUGAAAUUCAGCCGUGCAACAACAUCAGCGGCAUCGGCAGCAUUAGCAACAACAAUGUGAGCAACCUGAGUUGCAAUGAUACGCCGAACAACAGCCUUUUGCUGAUGAGUCCUAGCAAACAAUUGCUCACCGGCAGCCACAGCAUCUCGAUCAUCAACAACAGCUUCGACAAGGCGAGCAACAAUAAUCAGAGCGAGUUCCUCACCAAGAAGAAUCUGUUCCGGGAACGCAAUUCAACUGUGAUCAAUGGUAUUAUGAAGAAUAUCCAGCAAACCGAUAGUGCCUACAAGAAGUACGAGAACGAGGCGAAUCGGCUGAACAACUACUACAGUCAGUCGCCGAAGCAUCAGGGUCAUCAGAUCCAUCAGAUCCAUCAGCCUAUUCAGCCUGCGCCGGAGGUCCUGCUGAGUCCCAAAAAGACGCUGAAUGCCUCUGGGUUUGACUUCACGAUCCCCGCUCCUUUGAGUUCCACGCCCGUUAAAUGUGAUGUCCUGCCGGAACCGGAGCCACUGAGUCCGGUUAGGAAACCGGCUGCAGCCCCGCCACCGCCUCCUCCUCCACCGCCGCCACCACCGCCCCCUGGGUGGUGGCACGCCCCCAUCUACAACAGCCCACCAGCUCCUCCAGCUCGAACCCUAACCAGUACUAACCCAGAGCUGCUGCCGGAUCCUUCAGAUAUGGAGAGCGAGGACAAGCAGCUGCUCCUGCAGCUGAAAAGGGACCACACCGUCAAGGAUCUCACCCAGAAGCUGAGCAACCUGCCCAUGAGCCCCACCCAGGACCGCGCCGAUCGAGCCCUCGUCGGCGACAUGUCCGGCCUCAUUUCGAAAGCCAAAGAGGGUCUGGCCAAGAGCAAGAGCAAGGGGGAGAUAUCCAGAUCUUCAAGUGUGGAUCAGGAGCUGAAAAAGUCUGAGCCGAAGAAGUCGGAGAACGAGCUUCACUGGGAGGAACUGGUUAGGAAUAUGACAAGGCCCCUGAAUCUCUGUGAUCUGGACUUUACGGAUCUGCGGGAUGAUGACGAGAAGGAUGUGUUGGCACCACGAAGUCUGGGAGCUGGCAUACCCCCACCUCCUCCGCCUCUUGGAGGGGCCAUUGCCCCACCGCCUAUGAUGCCCCCCAGCCUGGCACCACCACCCAUGUUUGGAUAUGGGGGCAGCCUCACCAACAGUGUAAAUUCAUUGAAUGGAUCUAUAAACGGGGAACUGGUCAAUGGGAAUAACACCAUCAAAAAGAACAAGAAGACGGUCAAGCUCUUCUGGAAGGAAGUGCGCGAGGAUAUGAUACCGCAGGUGGUGGGCAAGACCAUUUGGGACGAGUUGCCCGAUGCCAAUGUCGAUACCCAGAAGCUCGAACAUCUCUUUGAGUCGCGGGCCAAAGACUUGAUGACCAAGAAACAACAAGAGCUGAACAAGAGCAAAGAGAUCAUCGUGCUCGACCACAAGCGAUCGAAUGCCAUCAACAUUGCGAUCACCAAGCUGCCACCUCCGCGGGCCAUCAAGACGGCGAUCCUGAAGAUGGACGCCACUGUGGUCACGCGGGAGGGCAUCGACAAGCUGCUGAAUAUGCUGCCCACCGACGAGGAGCGCGGCAAGAUCCAGGAGGCCCAGCUGACCAAUCCGGAGUUGCCCCUGGGCAGUGCCGAGCAGUUCCUGCUGACCCUGGCCUCCAUUUCCGAGCUGGAGGCGCGCUUGAAGCUGUGGGCCUUCCGUCUCGACUUUGACAACAGCGAGAAAGAGAUUGCGGAACCCCUGAUGGAUCUCAAGCAAGGCAUUGAGAUCCUGCGUCAGAAUCGCACCUUCCGCAGCAUCCUCUCCACUCUGCUCUCCGUGGGCAUCUUCCUGAACGGAGCUCCGGUCAAGGGAUUCCAGAUCGAGUAUCUGGCCAAGGUGCCCGAGGUCAAGGACACCGUGCACAAGCACUCGCUGCUGCACCACCUGUGCCACAUGGUCAUGGAGUCGAGCAGCGAUACCAGUGAUCUCUACUCGGAGAUUGGACCCAUUACGCGGGCCUCCAAGGCGGACUUCACCGACUUGGCCCACAAUCUCAAUCAGCUGGAGGCGGAGUGCAAGGCCUGCUGGGAUCGUCUUAAACUAAUUGCCAAACAUGACUGCCCGCCGCCGUUGAAGCAAAAGCUCGUGGAUUUCCUGGCCGACUGUGCGGAACGCAUCAUAAUCCUGCAGAUCGUCCAUCGGCGGGUCAUGAACCGCUACCGGAAGUUCCUCCUGUGGCUGGGAAUGCCGCAGCACAGUGUGGCCGAGUCGCGGCCCAAUGAGUUCAGCCGAACCCUGUCCGAAUUCGCCCUGGAGUACCGCACCACCCGCGAACGGGUGCAGCAGCAGCUGGAGAAGAAGGCCAACCACCGCGAGAGGAAUAAGACGCGCGGCAAGCUGAUCAUCGACAUGGCCAAGUUCAAGACCAAAGAUGACGUGGCCGAUGACGAGUUGAAAAAACUGCUGGACACAUCCAGUGCUGACCAGGCUGAUGGCACACUCACCUGGCGAAGAAGACGGGCGGAGCAGCUCCGUUCGCCCAUUGCCCGCCAGAGUGAGGAGCAGUUCACCGACGGUGACGACGAGAUUCUAGAGUCCCUGGUCAAAACGGCCACCAAGGCCCCGGGAACCAGGACAACGCCAAGGGAACGGAAGCGGACGCGACACGCGGAUCGCAAAUCAUUACGUCGCACGCUGAAAAACGGUCUGACCGAGGAGGAGAAACAGCAUGUGGCUGCCUUGAUACAAACCUAUUAGGAUUAGCAGAUUACCAUCGUAGAUACCCGCAUCACAUCCGAGAGAUAAUCCCAUCCCCCAGUGACGUCACAAGUCGGGCACUACGCGCACAGACUGAAAUUGGCGAUCUCAGGCGAGCAAGCGAACCCAGAAAACCCCGUUUUAUACGACGACAACGUGCGCAUCAUCAGUACUUGUUUAUUUUGAUUUUUAUUUGUUUGCCACGACAUCAAUGAGUACCAGCAACAUCAUCAACUGCAACGAAAAUGUCCUUAAACAAAAGCGUUUUUCAUCGUGUUUUUCUGUUAUUUAAUUUUUUGUUUUUGCUUCAGCUAAGUAUUAUUAAUUAAACGUAACUCAAUAAACCUGUAUUAGUAGUUGGAAACGAUUUUAAUGUUAGAAUUUCGAUCGCAACAAAUUUCGAUAUCCCGGACCACGUCACUAAAUUUGUACCAAAAUACGACACGAUUUGUGCUUUCUAAAUUAAAUUAAAUCUUAAAGUUAUGUCUAACUUAAUUACGAAAAUCAAUAAAUAAAACAUAUUUAUUACAUACGAAAAA